GACAGUCACUUAACCAUAAGAUAGUGUUGCUCUUGAAAUUUACCAUGCUAUUAAAUCGAAAGGUUUGACAUUUGACACUUUCAUAGAUUGUUGUAAUAGAUGUAGGAUAUCUUAUAAAAGAACGAGGAUAUAUAAGGUGUGUAACCAUUUUUAUAAUGGAAGACAAAGACGACCGACCAGGACAGAGUCGAAUUCAUCUAUUUCUACAACGGUAUGGUAGGCGACUGUUCAUUUCUGCUGCUCUCAUUGUUGGAUGUCUGACAGUUCUGGGGAUAUGUUACAUUUUUUUUGCUCUUGGUGAAGAAUCAACAGGAAAAGAAGGGAAAACAUCAAAUAGCAUAUUAGGGACUGAAGGCUUUACAAGUCAUGAGAGGUUAGAUGAGGCACUAACAAUACUUGAUGAUAUACUAAACAGAAUAAGACAAGAAGAACAUCUUAUGACAGAUACAAAGACUCUGAUCAAUGAACUCAAGAAUACUAGUGUUAUUAAAGAUAAUACAAGAAUCUGCAGAAUUGGAAAGUAUAAGAAGAACAAUAGGUGUUACUACUUCUCUUCAACGACAAAAAAUUGGUUUGAAGCACAGCUUUUCUGUAAACAACAAGGAGGUUAUUUAGUUGAGAUAUAUGAUAAAAAAGAAAACGUAUACUUGAAAGGGCUAGCAAGUGAGAAUCAAGUUUUAGGUAAUGAGAAUGUGUACUUUACUGGUUGCAACGACAUAGAGAACAAUUACUCCUGGAUUUGGGACCAUAGUAAAAUGGACAUGAAUUUCAACGACUGGGGAACAAGACAGCCUAAUCCCGGAUAUGAAAAUUGUAUUGCAUUGGAUGGUGAAGACAAUUUUAAAUGGCACGAUUAUCCAUGCACGAGUAAACAACAUUUUAUUUGCGCUGCGGAUUAUUUCUAAUGUAAAUAGUCUUUCAAAAGUUUCAGUCAAAGUUGUAUUGUUUUAAGAAAAUAAUAAACCUUUUAUUAUUAUUUUUU